AUGACGGUAGACACGCGCCGCCGGUCGUACGCGCGCAAGCAGGCUUACGGCAAGACGUUCACAACAGCAACGGAGAAAAAAAGACGCCGCGAGGUUAUGAACCAAAGAUCGGGAACGAAGUCAGAUAGCUGGCGUGCCCAGUAUCAGCUCCGAUUAAUUAUGGACGUCGUUAUUGAUUAUGACGAUUGGUACCGUAACGAGGAGCUUCCAGUUAUCAUGCUUAAUAUCACAAACGCCAACGGAACGACAUUCACCGUCCCGAUACCAUUUCGACGCUCAAGCGCCCAAACAACGUGGGACGACGCGACAUGGAUUCUUACAAGCUCCUUCAUCAUUUUCACGAUGCAGUCUGGUUUCGGCCUGCUGGAGUCCGGCGCCUGCUCCCGCCGCAACGAGGUCAACGUCAUGGUGAAGAACGUCGUCGACAUCGUCUUCGGCGGCAUCACCUACUGGAUGUUCGGCUACGGGCUCUCGUUCGGCGAGCAGGCCGGCAGCAACGCCUUCUUCGGCGUCGGCUACUUCUUCGUCGACGCCGACGAGGAGCACAUGGGCGAGCGCUACGCGCACUUCGUCUUUCAGCUGUCGUUCGCGACGACGGCGACGACGAUCGUGUCGGGCGUCAUGGCCGAGCGCACGAAGCUGCCCGCCUACAUGCUCUUUUCGUUCCUCAACACGAUCGUCUACUCGCUGCCGGCGUCCUGGAUCUGGCGAGAGGCGGGGUUCCUCGUGCAGCUCGGAGCCGUCGACAUAGCCGGCUCGAGCGUCGUGCACAUCGUCGGCGGCGUCGCCGGCCUCGUCGGCACGCUCAUGCUGAAGCCGCGGAUGGGUCGCUACGCGGCAGGCUCGGCGGCGCUGCCGAUGGGGUCGCCGACGAACGCGCUCGUCGGCCUGUUCAUGCUAUGGUGGGGCUGGCUGGGCUUCAACUGUGGCUCGACAUACGGGAUAACCGGGCAUAAGUGGAAGCUGACAGCUAAGUCGGCAAUUACGACAAUCAACGCGUCCAUAGGCGGAGGGAUUACGGGUUGCUUUAUCAGCUACCUGACUAGGGAUUGGAAGCUUAACGUCGCAGACCUCAUCAAUUCUAUCCUCGGUGCACUCGUUGCUGUUACAGCCGGGUGCGCGGUGGUCCGGCCGUGGGAAGCACUGGUCAUUGGCGCCAUCGGAGCGAUAAUCACUUUGGCCACGGUGCCUCUGCUUGACCGCCUGCGCAUCGACGACCCGGUGGGAGCCGUCAGUGUGCACGCCGCCGCCGGCAUUUGGGGCAUGCUCUCUGUGGGCAUAUUCGCCGAGAACGACAAGCUUCAAUAUCUUACCUACGGCCGCGCGGGACUGAUCCACGGCGGAGGUGGCUACCUCCUUGGCGCACAAACCGCUGCCGUAGUAGCCAUGAUCGCAUGGUCUGCCCUCACGUCAUUCAUGCUACUGUUGGUAAGCCUGCGUCUCUCGCCCGAAGACGAGCUGCUUGGAGCGGACAUCGCCGAACAUUGCAUCCAGUACGAGAAUCACACGAUCCCACCUUCAGUGAUGGGUGUGCAUGACGAAUGCCCGAGCCCCGUGUCCGCCAUCAUCCACUCGGUCGCCGCGCAGGAAGACAAGAAGAACAACUCGCCGAUAGAGGGCGAUGGGGGCAGCGGUAAAAUGCAAAUAUCGUCGCUUAGUGUAGCUGGCCGACGAAAUGCGUGGUGAUGAAUUAGUCACAGGCGCGGCCGACAAGGUAUUUUAUUUUCAGUAUACUCGCUUACAGUGACAGAUUAAU